AUUGNAAGCAAGACAGUCAUGAGCUGCCUUCUUGUGUUACAAAAUAGACGUGAUACGGAAAAGAACCCCGGCUCAACCACGACUGAGUUACCUACAGUUAUUCACGUGCCGUCAAAGGUUGAUCAGCAGACACAAACAGACCCAGAGGCCAUCCGAUCAUUAAGACGACGGAUCAGAAAAGAUGUAGGAGUUGGGACAGAUCUGCCAAUCAAAAUACAACUCAGGGAUAAAGAAUGUCAGACAAGUUUCCAGGAACUCUCAGACCGAGUGCCAGAGUUAAAUUCCGCUCCUAAAGACGAAAUUCUAAAAGUCCUGCCUAAUCUGGAGGCAUGGAACGACUUUCCUAACUCAAACACACACCGAACUUCUCAAAAUAGUAUACCUCUACAAUCACGUGACCCAGACGGUGCCUCCAGUGAGGAGGAGCCAGCGGUCAUUGAAGAGAACCGCGAAGAAGUCGCCUUCGAAUCAAGACAUGAGGAUGUUAUGUCUUCCGGCGAAGAUGACGAUUUGAAGGAAACAAAAGGAAAGAAAAAGAAAAAGGCAAGACUGUUGGCGUGUCUAAGUCCGCCCAGACUGUCUUUCCGAAAGAAAUCUAAAAAAGCGUCUAGAUCCGAAGCAGAGACAACCAAACUAGUGGUGAAGGAAAUAUAGUGUUAUUUAAAUUCAGUUUUUUUUUGUCUUUGGUCGGCAUAUUGCAAAUUAAUUUGACAAGGGACUCAGAUGAAUUAUUUGAGUGUGCUAUUCAUUGAGGAGCAUUCUAUAGCUUGAUCAAAUAUUGCCCGUGUAGUUAAAAUGAAAUAUUCUUUCAGUUAAGUAAACUUAUGGAAUCAAUGCGAGUUUUAAAGUAAGAAGUGUAAUGAUAUUGAAAGGUUUUGUAUUAAAAGAGAUUUCAGUAAAUGUAAGAGUUCGCUUAUUGUGGACGAAGUUCCAUGCCAUACCUUUAUCUGAUGGUGAUAUGCGCGGAACCAAAGCAGAAAAUGUAGCACAAGGUUUUAUUUUUUCUGCCAAAAACAUUUUCUUUAGUAUGAUGUGGCAGAUAGUAUUUGCUUUGCUAAUGAAUAUUUUGAGUAAGUAAGUAAGUAAGUAAGUAAUUAAGUAAGACCUUUAUUUAAGUGUCACUGCGUUUAGCCUAAGAAGACUAAUUGGGGACACUAUAAUUAACAUACUUAAAAAUAAUUAAAAAUUGAGCUCUGUGAAUUUUAUUUAAGUUAGGUAGAAUAUACUUUUUUCCCGUUUUUGUAGGUUUUAAUUUUUAUAGUUAUGUCCAAGUUAUUAGUAAUAAUUUAGUACCGUAAAUAUUUUAUUAUUUUGUUAAAUUAAACGAACGUGAAGGCGCUAUUUUUAUAGCUGUUAAAAACCCGGGCUUAAAACAUUAUUAAAAUCUAAAGGUGUAUUUAAGGAAUGUUUAAAACCUGGACAAACACUUUUUCCUUAAAAGAACGUAACAUCAGUACUUGAUAUUUAGCUUUGAUUUAUUAAAAAUAACGAAAAUUUAAAAUCGAAAACUUUCUCGAAAUACAAACUAUUUCAGUUUAAAAGAUAGUUUUGAAAAUAAUGUGUAAUAUUUGUGUAACGUCAUGAUAGGUAAACUCUUUAGUAACAACUAAGAAAAUUCCACAUUUACAUUAUCCACAGAGGGUCUCAAUGUGGUAACGGCUGUUACGAUUAACGGUUAAGAUUUUAGCCAUUUUACGACUAACGGAAUUUUUUUUUUUUUGGCCAUUUUACGGCUAACGGUUAACCCCACUUAGGACACCCUAUCCAUAUGAUCGUGUCUUUUAGGUAAAGACUAGAUUACUUUUCAUUGAUGAGGGUCUCGAUGGCGAUGGCUGUUACACUCAACGAUUCAGAUUUUGGCCAUUUUACGACUAACGGCUAUUUUUUUUCCCGCCAUUUUACGGCUAACAGUUCACCCCAUUGAGAGCCUCUCCAUACAAUUGUCUUUUAGAUUACUGUCAUUGACUCAGUCAAAUGUUCCUUGUUUUGGUAGUUUUGGAUGUCAGUAGCUAAGGUCAUGAUACAAAUUAGUUUGUCUCAGAAUGCAAUGUCAUAUGAAUCGAUGUAUCAUUUGUCAUAGUUAAAAGUGGUACUGGUUACGUUU